UUAAAAUCCUUUUUUUCCAACAUCUAUGGGUUUUGUUUUUGUAGCAACUUGAUUAAAACUACACACAUCAUCAAAUUUCCCUUUUGUUUGAUAUUAGAGAGCAACUUUAAUCAAACUACAAUUUAAGCUUUUCGUUCUGAUUGUUCACCAUGUUUAAACACUUCUCAACCGUCCAUUUUACUGGACUAACAAUCAUCAAGUAAUUUUUCUCUGUGGACAAGUGAUUUACUUUUACAAUGUUAACUCGACAUUGAAAGUGAUUUUCCCAUCAUACAUUUACCUUAUUUUUCAUCAUCUUUUCUAGCUGUUUCUUUGUUUACCUCAUCUUUUUUUGUUUCUCAGCUUCAUCAUGAUUCAAUUGAAAAUUAAACUAAAUCACCUUCUUGUGAUUCUUAUUCUUUCUUUGUGUAUCCAGUCAUUAUGUUGUCUUCCUUUGGUCAUGGCUCCGAAAAUUUUUCGUCUUUACACUCAGGAAAAUGUCGUAGUUCUUCCACUGACAGAAGAAGCAUUCCUCCUUGAAAUUAAAGCCAACGAUCAAGUUCUAUUCACAAAAUACUUUCCCAAAUCGCCAAAAAAUCCAUUUUCUGUUCCGAUAGAGCUUGGUGCCAAUGUUUCAACAGGAGUAGCCAAAUUGUCAGUGAUAAAUAGGGAUGGCGAUGAAAAUAGUUCACAAAUCAUCAUUACUGGUGAUACAGGUUUCGGUUUUAUUCAAACGGACAAGCCUAUUUACACUCCUAAGGAAAAGGUUAGAAUCAGGUUGAUGAGACUUGAUGAUGAUCUUAAACCAAUGGCCGAUAAAGUUAAAUUAUCUAUAAAAAACCCUCACAAAAUAAUCAUGGAUGAAGUUGUACUGGAAUCAUCAAAAGAUAAUUACUUUAUUAACCAUGAAUUCAAUAUACCUCCUCAUUUCCUUCAAGAUCCAGUUAAAAACAAAUGGACCAUUAUAAUGGCUUAUGGGCCUGAAUUUCAAGUGACGUCUAAUGCAACUUUUGAAGUUCGAGAAUAUAUUUUACCUUUAUUUCAAGUCACUCUCAAAUCAUUACAAUUUAUUACACCUUCAACAUCUAUUGUCAAUGGAUCGGUAAAGGCAACUUAUCUCACUGGUAAACCCGUCACUGGUACUGUUAGAUUUAAAUUUAAAAUUCGCGAUUCUACUAAUCGUUCUAUUGGAAUUGGUCAAACAGAUGAACUUGAAUUGGUUAAAGGAGAAACAAGUUACAAAUUUUCUACCAAUGAGUUCAGUGAAAGUGGAGUUGAAGUCUCAAUGAUUAUCGGAAGUGUUCUUGUAGUUGAAGCAACUGUCAUUGAAGCAGCUACUCGUCAAAAAGUUAAACACAUUGAUAGUUCCACAUAUUUUGUUUCUUCACCGUACAAAGUCAGCUUCGAAUCAUCAUUUAGAGUUUUCCGACCUGAACAUCCAAUAAGAUUGAUUGCAGAAAUCUAUGAUGUCCAUAAUCAACCCGUUGUUGGUAUUCCCGUUCGAUUGUCUGUUUUCAGUAGUCGUAUGGUCACCAAAGAUGUUAUCAGUGAUGAUUUGGGAAGAGUAACUGUUGACUAUGAUACUACUACUCAGGAUAAAAAAAUUAUCUUUGAAGUUCGUACAAGAGAUGCUAAGCUUAAAGAGGAUGAACAGUCCUUUUCUCGUCUCUUGGUUGAACCAAGUAACCAAACCUCAGCAGCGCUGACCCUUGUUGAGAAAAAUGAUCGUUUCAAGGUUGGUGAUAAGUAUACAAACUCCAUUAUCUUUGAAGGAUCAACUUUUAUUUUCUCCCAAGCUUAUUAUAUAACUGUUGUUCGUGGACGAAUAGAUAAACUAGAACGUAUCCCUGAUAACGAUAAUUUCGGAUUUACUAUUGAACCUCACAUGGCUCCAAGUUUUCGUCUAAUUGCCAUUUCUUACAGAUAUGAUAGAGUUGUUUCAGAUUCACUUUUGAUCAAUGUUGAUCCUCCUGAAUGUUCACUCAAUCUAACAUACACUAAUUCAAAAGGAGCCACAAACGACAUAGAACCAGGUGAAAAUGGAACUUUAAUAGUGUCCGCAAACCAGAGCGAAAAUCGUCGACAAAUUUCAAUUGUUGGUGUUGACGAAGCUGUCUAUUUAUUAAGAUCUGCCAACACUUUAACUCGACAUGGAUUACGUAAGAUGUUUAACUCAAAAGAUAAAGGUUGUGGCCCGGGUGGUGGAAUCGAUCCGACUGAUGUACUUCUCAAUUCUGGUCUGGUUAUCGCUGGAAUCCCAUCAAAUUCAAUUGGAUCUAGCUGUGUUCACAUGAAUGAUAAGUCCUCAAAACGCAGACCGAUUCGAGCUUCUCCCAGAAUAUAUAUUACUUCAUCUUCUUCAUCAAUGCGAAAAUUUGCUUCUUCUCCCACUUAUUCAUCUCAUUCAGCAUCUCCGGUCUCUUCGUCAAAACAGUAUUCUACGAACGCUUUCAUCAACCAAUGCUGUCGUUUGGGUAAAAUAAAACCAAAUGAUAAAGCCAAAGCAAUGUCAUGUGAAGAAAGGCGAGAUAUAUUACUUCGAAGUGUCAAAAAUGUCAACUGUGCCUCUGCAUUUUUAGAUUGUUGUUUAAAUUCAAUUAUCCCACCUUUAUUACGCACUUCUGUUUUCGAUGUUUCCAGUGGAGAAUCCAAAGGACAAGAUAAUACAGAAGCGGGUGUUACUCUUGGUGAAGAAGAUGCCAUUGAAGAGUCUACUUUAAUUCGUCAAGAUUUCAGAGAAACUUGGCUAUUCGAUCUGGUAACUCUCGAUGAAUCUCAAACUUCAGUCAAAUAUCCAGUAACAGUUCCUCAUACAAUAACAUCUUGGCGAUUAAAUGCAAUGUCAUUAUCAGCCAAAGAUGGUCUUUGUUUGAUGGACAAACCUCUUCGAUUAAUAUCCAACAAAGAGCUUCACAUUCGAGUUGAUUUACCUUAUUCUAUAGUUGUUAAUGAACAAGUUGAAAUGCUAGUUACUAUAUUCAACAAUGGACCGACUCGUAAAAAGGUGAAUCUAUUUAUGUACGGAGUUGACGGUGUAUGUUCAGAGGCUGAUGCAGGACAAAAAACAGAACGUCGUUUGGUUACAGUUGAACCAGGCAUGUUGCAUACUGAAGGUUUUGCUUUAUCACCGAUCAGAACUGGGGAAUUUAAAAUACAAGUCGAUGCCUUGGCUCAUGGAACCUCAGAUGUUGUAAUCAAAACACUUCACGUUGUACCUCAAGGUAUUACCAUUAUUGAUAGCUAUGCUGUUCAACUCGACCCAAGAAAUCUUCAGCACCGACAGAAAAGAUCUAUUAAGAGAGAGAAUUUAUUUGACUCAAUUGAUCCAGAUAAAGGUGAACAAAAGACAAGAAUUGAUUUGAUCCCGAGAACUCAAACUUCAGCAAUAGUUCCAGAUUCCGAAGAAUGUGUUGUUUCUGCCAUUGCAGACUCUUUGGGACCUUCUGUUAUCACAACUCUGUCAAAUAUUAAUCAUUUAAUUAUCAAGCCAACGGGCUGUGGUGAGCAAAAUGUCAUUAGAAUGGCACCAACUUUAUUUACAUUGGACUAUCUCAACGCAACUGGUCGGUUAACUGUAACUCAACGGGAAACGGGUUUGAAGUAUCUUAAAGCUGGUUAUGAAAAUCAAAUGAUGUUUCGUAAACUUGAUGGAUCUUUCUCCACCUUUGAGAAGCGACCAAGUUCAUUGUGGUUAACAGCAUUUGUAACUCGUAUCUUAUGCAAAGCAGCUCCAUUUUUAGGUGAUAGUUUGGAUCCUGAAGUUAUCUUAACCGCAGUCGACUAUUUGGUUGAUCAUCAGGAAUCUUCACCUUCAGGCUCAUGGAAAGAAUAUCACCCCGUUAUUCAUAAAUCAGCUCUUGGUGGUUUGACUGGAGUCAUUCCAAUUACAGCAUUUACUUAUACUACUCUUCGAAGCUGUGAAAAUUUCACUUACCCUCGAAUACUUGCGAAAAGACGAGAUAAAUCCUUGAAAUUAGCAGAAUCAUAUCUUUGUGGUAAAUUAACGUCAGAGUUAGCUAAAGGAGAUCCAUAUCAUUUAGCUCUUUUGGCUUAUAGCUUGUCAACCACGACAUGCCUACAGUCAGCAGAACGCCGAAAGUCUAUAAUUUCUCGUUUACGGGAAAUCGGCGUUUAUUCUUCUGGAGAAAACAAAUUAUUUUGGAACACGACAACUCCCAUUGAAACAACUGGUUAUGUUUUAUUGGCUCUUCUCAAUUUAAGAGAAACAAAACCCGAUGAAAUCAAAGCAAUAAUAAAUUAUUUAGAGUCUCAAAGGUCUUAUACUGGUGCUUUUGAUGCUACUCAAGAUACUAUUGUUGCAUUAGAGGCUUUGUCAACUUAUGCCAAAUCAGCUUAUAAUUUGACAGAUAUCAAUCUUAUUUGUAAUAUCUCAUCCGGACGAUUCCGUAAAUCGAUUGAAUUUCAUGAAGAUAACGCUCAGGUCAUGCGAACCUUUGAAAUAAACAAUGAAUGUGACUAUGUUGAUAUGAUUACUCGAGGAACUGGACUUGGCUCGGUUCGUGUCAAGUACAAGUACAAUGUUUUAGAGGCUCCAGAAAAAUUAUGUGGCUUUGAACUGGAUGUUAAUGUUACACAAGCAAUCGAUUCACCUGAGCAAAUUAUUCUCUCUGACUCUGACAUCCAACUCGACGAUCUUUUCAAUAUUACUAUGUUAGCUGAAAUUGGUGUGCUUAAUGAUCGUCUUGUCCAAGUUGAAUCUGUCGUUGACUCAACCCUUACCGAUAAUAAUGACUCUAGUUCUUCAAAAACUGGUCCAUCUUAUACUGCAAAUGAAAAGGCUGAAAGUAAUUUGAAACUAUCAGGAGCCUCUAAGGUGACAAACAAGCUUACAGUUUGUGCCAAGCGUUUUGACUCAGUUGACUCUGGAAUGGUUAUACUUGAAGUUGGAAUUCUCAGUGGUUUUGUCCCAGAUGAAAAUGAUUUAGUGGCACUUAAAAAGAACAAUCCUUUCAUUUCGUCUUAUGAAAAAACUGCUCGUUCAGUUAUAUUUUACUUGGAAGAUAUUUCAUCAAAACAACAGUAUUGUUUGAAUUUCAAAAUUUACCAAGAAAACAAAGUGGCCAACUUACAAUCAGCUAUGGUUAAAAUUUAUGAUUAUUACAAAAAAGGCCAAGGCUGUUCUCAAUUGUACCAUUCAACUCGUCGCACUGAUUAUCUCAAGAAAAUCUGUAACUCGAGUAUUUGUCAUUGCACUGCUCGGUGGGUUUGCCCAUUGAAUGAUAAUUUGAAUGAGGUUGGUGAGAUUGGUUCUGUGAAUAUCAUUAGAGCCAAAGAUAAGUUUGCUAGAUUGCUUUGCUCGGGACAAUAUGGAUUUGUUUGGUUGGGUCGAUUCGUUAAACAUACUGAGCUUGAUAGUUUAGUUCUUUUAAACUUUAAAAUCGGUCAAUCUAUUUACGGAGAUGGGCAAGAAGGACAAGAUCGAAUCUUCACUAUGGAUCGCAGCUGCUUUGAACCGAAUAUGCUCAGGACAACAUUUACGGAAACCUUUUUACUCAUGGGUAAAUCACGAAACACUACGACACUUCAUUUGGAUUCAAGAUCAAUUUUGUAUGAUCUGGAAAAUAUUGGCUCUAAGGAUCCGAAGAUUCAUUAUACUAUAAAAAGAGUCAUUGAUGACUUUAAACGUACAAGGCGACAGUUGACUUGUUGAUUGGGAUAAAGCAUCAUUAAUACCAUUUUUGUCAUUUUUGUAUCAUUGUCAUUGAUAUUUCACUUAAUCUCAGUUCAAAUUGAAGAAAUCAAGUGCCUCAUACGCAUUUCGCAUUUAAACUUAAUUACUAUAUUCUUAUACAAAUUUGUCCUAAUCUUCUGAUUACACUAUUCUCAAUAGCGCGUUUAUGUAUCUUUUGGUGCAUUUUUUGUAUAAUUGAACCUCUAAAGACCACCGAAAUCAGCUUUGAUUAAGAUGAGCUGUCAUAAAAAUGGGCCUGUCGUGGUAAUGGUACUCUUCCAUGCUGUACGAUAUGUUAACUAUGCACUUUUUUGAUUAUGGUGAUAACAAACAUUUCAAACGAGAUUAAUCCUUUGUCACUGUGCCAACGAUGUAAAUAAAACAACAUAUGUAUCUGAA